GACUGUCAAAGUUCGCCCCUGCGCGCGUUUAAUCGCAUUCCAGUACUAGUGUCCUACACUAUUAUUAGAAUUCGAUGCGUCCAAGCGUACAAUUAUUCGGUGUCGCUACGUCAGGGUGAGCAUUUAUCGCGCCACGUAUGCAGAAUGCUAAAAAGCCGUGUACAGGAAAGGCCGUACGUGUGUGUGCAGGGCAAGUGAGACCUGGGCGUGGUGUAGUGGGAAGUGAGGUAAAGAGGCUAUGGAGAUUUUUGGUCAGAAUCUAAUGUUUUCCCAUUUAUUUAGCCGUCAGAACCAAGUCACUUCAAGGACCACGCCAACGCUGUUCUGCAGGGUUUUUAUACUUUAAUUUCGCCGAGAUAAACUCUCAUUCCUUGGUAAGCCUGUGAUACUAGGCCGCCAUUUGUGGAACCAGUUCCGUCUGCAUGAUGAAUGACUGGAGGAAAUCUUCCUCGGAUCUGCGAGUGAGAUAAUUCGACCACCCCUUGACAUGCGUGAAGACGUCUUAGUCCACAAUUUGCUUGACAAGAUCGACGUCAUGCUUACAGCUCAAAGAUAAUUACAGUAUAUUGAAUCAUCUACAGACUGCUAACCUGUAUGUAUUUAUCGCGAAUGUGACUCUUUAAUUCUUUUUUUUUAUCAUCGAGGAUUGGAUCAUACUUAAAAAAAUUGUAUUUUAUAUUUUCCUUGCUAUACAAAAAAAUUGCAACAAACUCCACAGGUCAUAUGUUUGAAUCAUUUGUAAUCGCUGUGAAUGGAAAACCUUGUUUAAAGGUGAACCUUAAAUUUUGUAUGGAACCAUUCUGAAUUAUCGAGAUUUGUUAGUUUGUUUGUUUUGAUCAAAUUCACCAGGUAUAUUCUAUUAUUAAUCCAAAGAGUAAUAAAGAUGGUAAAUGAUUUUACCUGGUUCAUAAUCAUUUAACAAAUCUACAGACUUAUUUAAUAUGUGUUUGCAUUUUCCGAGACUAGUGGUGACAAUUUGGCGACCACGAAGGGACCUCUAUUUUUCAAAUUACAUGUCAACCACUGGUAGUGAAUGUUUUUUUUUGGUCAUACAACUUGUUAGAUAUUCUUCAGUAUAUUUACGACGUUUGCUUUGUUAUACAUGAACGUUUUGUAUGUGGUAUAAUAAGACAAUGUUUUGAAAUUUUCUUGGUGUAGGACAUAGUGGAUUAGUAGAUAGUGCGGAGCUGGCGAAAACUUGGUUCGAGUGGCGGCUUGGUUCAGGAACGGCGGUAAGUGUGAAUCCUAAUUAUUAGGGUAGUUUAGAUUUCAAAAUGGAAAUCGAAAAACUCGCUAGCAUCGGUGAAUCUCUUGGCCUGAGGGGUACGGAGUUGCGAUCUUUUAUAGAAGGAGAGCAAAAACGGGCACGAGAAGAGCGCAUGCUCGAUCGUGAGAGAGUGAAGGAGGAACAAGAGUUGGUUAGGUUGCAAAUGGAGCUAGAGCGUUCGAGAGGUGAUAGAAGUGAGGAAACACUGAAUGAAAGUAGAGCGCAUGUACGAGCACCAAAAUUGCCUACAUUCAGCGAGGAUAGGGAUAAUCUCGAUACGUAUCUUAGCAGAUUUGAGCGAUACGCAUCGGCGCAAUCCUGGCCACAGACGUCAUGGGCGACUAAUCUGAGCGCGCUUUUGACAGGCAAGGCAUUAGACACUUAUAGUAGACUAAGCGAUACUGAAGCGUUAGAUUACGAUACCCUAAAGAGGGCGCUCUUGAAGAGAUAUGAUAUUACUAGUGAAGAGUAUAGGAAAAAAUUGCGAUCAGCAAGGCCGGACUCCGGAGAAAGUGCGAGCCAAUUUGUUUAUCGAAUGAGGGUUUAUCUCAAGAAAUGGUUAAUAUUAGCCGGAUAUCAGGAAAAUUCAGAUAGUCUGAAGGAAUUAGUUCUCAUAGAACAGUUUUAUGACAGUUGUUCAAGAGAAAUGGCGAUGUUCAUAAAAGAGCGCAAGCCUCGUAGCUUGGAUGAGCUUUCAGAGAUAGCGGAUCGCUUUAUAGAAGCUCGGGGUGGGUGGCGUUUAACCAAUGUAAGUCACAAACCUCGAAUUGAGAACUCACGUCCUGACUUUCAUUCUAAGACAACAGGUACACCAGAGGCGAGGAAGCUGCCGCCGUCCCAGGACAAACAGUCUAACCGACCGAGGCGAGAAGGGUGUUACGUCUGUGGUAGCAAAGGACAUUUCGCUCGGAACUGCAAUGAGAGGAGACAGGGAAGGCUUGCUGCAGGCAUGGUAGAGAUGACAGAACCUCAAGGGUCAUCGGGACGCAGCUACGCUGGUCUGGGACCACAGCCCCUGAUGUCAUCGUAUGGGACGGCCGAAAUGCAGACUAGGGCAGAGGAAGAGAGAGGGGAUCACCACACUGAGGAGAGUAAAUUCACUCUGGAUAUAGGUGAGGCAGCAUGUCUGUUAAUUGAUUCAUGUAUCUCGUGCAUUGAAGCAGGCAGGGCAAACCGGUCUCAGGAGCAAGAUUUACCGGUGGUGAGUGUGGCAUGUGAGGCAAGUUCUGUGCGUUCAAUGCCAGUUGUCCGAGGUCUGGUUAAUGGGGUUUUAGUGGAAACUCUCCGAGAUAGUGGAUGCACAGCUGCCCUGGUAAAAGAGAAGUUAGUAAAACCUGAUCAAAUGACCGGGAAAAAGCGACUGUGCCUAUUGAUUGAUAGGACGGUUAGGAGAUUUCCACUUGCACGUAUCUAUGUAGAUACCCCCUACUUUACUGGGGAAUUGGAAGUUCUGUGUGUUAGUAAUCCAAUUUACCCUUUUAUUUUAGGCAACUUAGAUGGAGUUAGAAAUGCUAGCGAUCCCGACUUAGAUUGGAAACCCCCAGAGCAAGGGACCAUACCUUAUGCAUUGGCAGCAGAGACCAGGCAACAAGCCAGAGAGAGAUGGAAACCUAUAAAAGGACUGAAAGUACCUGGUCAGUUGAUCGAGGUAACUCCAGAUGGAUUUAGGAAAGCACAGGAAGCUGACCAGACAUUGGACAAGAUUAGACAACGGGUUGCGGCUAAUGAGGUCAAGGUAAGCCGUAAUGGGAAUAAGUCUUCGUUCAAGAUGCUGAAUGGUGUGCUCUACCGUGAAUUUCAAGACUCAAGGGCAGCAGCAGAUGUCAAUACUCAGCUAAUAGUUCCGCAGCCUUUACGGAAACAGGUUCUCAAACUGGCCCAUGAGUCAGUCAUGGGUGGACACUUAGGAGCGAGCAAGACGGGUGACCGGAUCUUGGCAAAUUUCUUCUGGCCGGGGAUGCACCACGAUGUAAAAUUGUUCUGCAGGUCAUGCGAUUCUUGCCAGCGUUCUUUUCCCAAAGGGGAAGGUGACAAAGGUGCCCCUCGGCUCAACACCGCUAAUCGAUGA